GCGGGCGGGCGCGGGCAUGGACGCCGAGUACCCUGCCUUCGAGCCCCCGCUCUGCAGCGAGCUCAAGCACCUGUGCAAGCGGCUGCAGGAGGCGUACCGGGAGCUGAGGGAGGACCUCACGCCUUUCAAGGAUGACCGCUACUACCGGCUGGCGCCCAUGCGGCUGUACACGCUCUCCAAGCGCCACUUUGUCCUCGUGUUCGUCGUCUUCUUCAUCUGUUUUGGCCUGACCGUCUUCGUCGGGAUCAGAGGGCCCAAAGUGAUCCAGACCUCUGCAGCUAAUUUUUCACUAAAUAAUAGCAAAAAGCUAAAGCCAAUUCAAAUACUUUCAAAUCCGCUGUCUACAUAUAAUCAGCAACUCUGGCUGACAUGUGUCGUUGAGUUGGAUGAAUCAAAAGAAACGUCUAUUCAGACCAGCUUUACCAUGACUGUUAAAGUCGAUGGCGUAGCUGCAGGUGGAACCACCAUGUUCAUUCAUAACAAAGUUCACAACCGGACGAGGACCCUCACAUGUGCAGAGAAAUGUGCAGAAAUUAUCGUGGCUCACCUUGGCUACUUGAACUACACUCAGUAUACAGUGACUGUGGGACUUGAACACCUGCAGCGAGCCGUCAAGGAAAUGAACUUCACAUGGAAGACUUACAACCCUGCGUUUUCCCAGCUGGAAGUUUGGUUCCGAUUCGUCUUUGUGGUGCUCACCUUCAUUGUCACUUGCCUGUUUGCACACUCCCUCCGGAAGUUUUCCAUGAGAGACUGGGGGAUCGAGCAGAAGUGGAUGUCCAUUCUUUUGCCGCUGCUGCUACUUUACAACGAUCCGUUCUUCCCCCUCUCCUUUCUGGUGAACAGCUGGCUCCCAGGGAUGCUGGACGAUCUCUUUCAGUCGGUGUUCCUGUGUGCCCUGCUGCUCUUCUGGCUGUGUGUGUACCACGGGAUACGGGUUCAGGGAGAAAGGAAGUGUUUGACUUUUUAUUUGCCUAAAUUCUUCAUUGUUGGACUAUUGUGGUUGGCUUCUGUUACACUAGGAAUAUGGCAGACAGUUAAUGAAUUACAUGACCCAAUGUACCAGUAUCGAGUUGACACAGGAAAUUUUCAGGGAAUGAAGAUUUUCUUCAUGGUGGUGGCAGCUGUGUAUAUUUUGUACCUUUUGUUCCUGAUAGUGCGGGCCUGCUCUGAGCUACGUCACACGCCUUAUGUAGAUCUCAGGUUAAAAUUUUUGACUGCGUUGACUUUUGUAGUGCUUGUCAUUAGCAUUGUCAUCCUUUAUUUAAGAUUCGGAGCACAAGUAUUACAGGACAAUUUUGUAGCUGAACUGUCAACUCACUACCAGAAUUCAGCUGAAUUCUUAUCUUUCUAUGGCUUGUUGAACUUCUACCUCUACACUCUGGCCUUUGUGUAUUCUCCAUCGAAGAACGCCCUGUAUGAGUCCCAGCUGAAAGACAAUCCUGCGUUCUCCAUGCUGAAUGACUCUGACGAUGACGUGAUCUAUGGGAGUGACUAUGAAGAAAUGCCCCUGCAGAACGGCCAGGCCAUUCGGGCCCAGUACAAGGAGGGGUCCGAGAGCGACUGAGCUCCUGGCGGGUCGGCGAGAUGUCGUCAGGGAGCCUGAGGUUCCCCUGCAGCGGCCACUCCCUGGCCUUCCCUCGACCUGCCUGUGAUCAGACUUGUCUUAUAAGCAGAGAUUUCCUGGUCCUUAUUUGUUUACAUAUUUUUGAAAGGAAAACCAAAAGUGAGGACAAAGUUAAACAUUGAGCCAAAUUUAUUGUUAGAGUGGCUGCAUUUAUUUGAGAAGAGACGCUGAUAAAAAGUUUACACGGCCAAAUCCUUUUUCAAAGAUUUCAGAUGAGAGAGAGCUUGU